AUGAAUCGUCUUGUAUUCGCGAUUCUCGCUGUCACCAUGAUGGCCUACACAGCUGUUGCCACAGGCGGACUCGGCGUCUGUGUCACGAAACCUCUUGCUCGGCGGACCAGCAGUGGCCAUGUCGUGACCUCCAAUGUGCUCAAGUUGAAGAAAGGAAAAAAGGCUGCCAAGUCUUCAUCCUAUCUCAAGACCCUGAGGGCGACUUCUGCUUCGAAUAUCAAAAGAUAUGACUACGGGUCAGUGCCUGUGGUCAACCUUCUAUCCGCAGAAUAUAUUGCUGAGAUCGCAUGGAAUGGUAUUCAGCAAACCAACUGCUCGUUCGGCCCACCUUUCCAGGGCACCUUCGAUGGCGGAGCUAUUUCGAACCAGCACUUCAAUCUGAUGUAUGCCGAUCUCGAAUUCAUGACCGGUGUCAUGGGCUACGAAACCGUCACUGUCGCUGGAAUUACCGUUGAGAAACACCAGGUGGCCCUUGUCAACUACACGUACUGGUUUGGUGACUCGGUAACAAGUGGUCUGAUGGGACUUGCGUAUCCUCGCCUGACCAGCGCAUUUGUUGGCACGAAUUCAUCAGUAAAUGACGACGAUAAGCAAGUACCUUACGACCCUAUAAUGACUACCAUGAUCAAACGAGGCUUGAUUGAGCCAAUGUUCAGUCUUGUGUUGGAUAGGGACUCAGAAAAUGGGUAUCUUGCCCUGGGCGGUCUCCCGCCAAUUGAGCUGUAUGAUGAUGCGAAGGUGAACACGGAGUAUAGCUUCUACACCAUCAUCGCCGACGCUUACAUCCAUACUAGUAUGGGAUCACAGAAGACCAGGGCAAACACUGGACCCUGGGGACAGCUUCUACAAAACAUAACUGUCAACACGACUCAGUUUCCCGUCAUCGUCGACUCUGGUACUACUUUGAUGUAUCUCCCUACCGAGAUAUAUCAGGAUAUUCUAGCAUUAUACAACCCACCAGCAGUCUUUUCCGAGGCCUUAGCCUCCGCAGUGACUAAUUGCAAUGCUAGUGUACCAGAAUUCGGCAUUAGCAUCGGUGGUCAGGUUUUCAUGAUCAGUCAGGCCGAUAUAUUGCUGCAAGCCUCAGUCGACCCGGCCACAGGAUCAUCUGCUGUUGGAGUUAUGGAUGGAGGCACGGGUCCAUACGUCCUGGGAGACACCUUCAUGAACAAUGUCAUCUCGGUUUUCGAUAUCGGGGCAGCGGAAAUGCGUUUUGCCGUAAACAGAUAG